GCGGCCACCAGUUCGGCCAGUUCGCCGGGCAGCUGGGCGACGGCGCCGCCAUGUACCUGGGCGAGGUGUGCCCGGCGGCCGGCGAGCGCUGGGAGCUGCAGCUCAAGGGGGCCGGCCUCACGCCCUUCUCCAGGCAGGCCGACGGCCGCAAGGUCCUGCGCUCCAGCAUCCGUGAGUUCCUGUGCAGUGAGGCCAUGUUCCACCUGGGGGUCCCCACCACACGGGCCGGGGCCUGCGUCACAUCCGCCUCCACGGUCGUGAGGGAUGUGUUCUAUGAUGGUAAUCCAAAGCGUGAAAAGUGCACAGUUGUGUUGCGCGUAGCUCCCACUUUUAUAAGGUUUGGGUCUUUUGAGAUUUUUAAGCCCGCAGACGCGCUCACGGGGCGUGAGGGCCCCAGCGUCGGGAGGAAUGACAUCCGCAUCCAGAUGCUCGACUAUGUGAUCGGCUCCUUCUACCCCGAGAUCCAGGCAGCUCACGCUGACGACCACCUGAGGAGGAACACCGCCUUCUUCCGGGAGGUGGCACGGCGCACAGCCCGGCUGGUGGCCGAGUGGCAGUGUGUGGGCUUCUGCCACGGUGUGCUCAACACUGACAACAUGAGCAUCGUGGGACUCACCAUAGACUACGGGCCCUUCGGCUUCCUGGACAGGUACGACCCCGACCAUGUGUGCAACGCCUCAGACAGCGGGGGGCGCUAUGCGUACGGCAGGCAGCCUGAGGUGUGCAAGUGGAAUCUGCAGAAGCUGGCAGAGGCGCUGGCGCCCGAGCUGCCCCUGGAGGUGGGCACGGCCGUGCUGGCCGAGGAGUUUGACGCCGAGUUCCAGCGGCAUUACCUGCAGAAGAUGCGCCGGAAGCUGGGCCUCGUGGGGACGGAGCUGGAGGAGGACCCAGCGCUGGUGGCCCAGCUCCUGGAGACCAUGCACCUGACCGGGGCCGACUUCACCAACACCUUCCGCCUGCUGAGCGACUUUGUGGCGGGGCCCCCGUCUCCGGAGCAGGCGGCCGUCCUGGACCAGCUCCUGGAGCAGUGUGCGUCCUUGGAGGAGCUGAAGCAUGCACUGCAGCCCCAGAUGGAUCCCCGGCAGCUCUCGCUGAUGCUGAUGCUGGCACAGUCGAACCCGCAGCUGCUGGCGCUCGUGGGCAGUCGGGCCAGUGUGGCGCGCGAGCUGGAGCGCAUAGAGCAGCGCUCACAGCUGGAGCAGCUGAGCUCGGCCGAGCUGCAGGCCAGGAACCGCACCCUCUGGACUCAGUGGCUCCAGGAGUACAGUGCACGCCUGGCGAAGGACGCAGAAGGUGCUGGGGACACCGAGGCCUGGCGGGCAGAGCACGUGCGGGUCAUGCAGGCCACCAACCCUAAGUAUGUGCUGCGGAACUACAUCGCCCAGACUGCCAUCGAGGCCGCGGAGAAUGGGGACUUCUCAGAGGUCCGGCGGGUGCUGAAGCUGCUGGAGGCCCCUUACGGCCGGGAGGAGGAGCCUGCGGGAGCCGGGGAGGCCGCAGACGCAGUCGGCCCGCGACGCUCCUACAGCAGCAGGCCCCCGCCCUGGGCAGCUGAACUGUGCGUGACAUGA